AGGAAAGCAAAGAGAAACAAGAUUACAGAAGAGCCGGGAAAAUGGAAGAUCUACUAGGAGCUGAAAGCCUGGAGCAUUCCAUGAACCUCACACCAAAAGGAGGCUCCAAAGAGGUAGAUGAUAGUGAAGAGGAAGAUGAUAAGAAGGAAAAUGAAGCUAAAGGAGGAAAAGAAAGGGCAAGUGGAUUUAUAAACCAUCCUCUCUCUAACUUGGUGUCUGGAGGGGAAGGUCAAGAAGAAAAAACAAGUGAAAAAGAUGAUGAAGAGAAGAGAGGCAUCGUGAGUGAGGAGGGUGUUGAUCAUGAUGAUAAGGGAGGUGGGUUUAUAAGCCAUCUUAUCUCCAACUUGCUCUCUUCCCAUAGUCCGAAAGCAGGGAAAGAUAGUAAACAAAAGGUGGAAGCUUUCGAAGGUGACAAUAGGGUCUCUAAAGCAGAGGAAGAUGCAGGUAGUGAUAGUAAUGGUGUAGGGCUCCAGAAAGGGAAGUCACAAGAGGAAAGUGGUGGUGGAGGUAUCAUCGAAAACCUAGUCUCCCAUUUGCCUGCUCCACUUCAAGAUGAUGUGGCUACCACGCCGGACGAGGCCUCCAUACUAAUUCACUCCAUCAUUCAUGACUGAGAAGAGCACACACCUGGCAUUGAUUUUUAGGAUUGCUCAUUUAGAAACGCUAGACUGCCAUUCGAUGUAUUUCAUCUUUCAUUUUCUUUUGUUUGUAUAAUACUUUUUUUCCCUCUCAUUUGUUAAGAUAGUCUUUUGGAGUUGCGAAAGAUCUUUUCCCUACU